AUGUCUGUUGACUCCUUCUUACAGAUUGAGGAGGAUCUCCUUUCCCUCACUUCUGCUGUUCUGAAGGAUGGUAUUCUUUCCAAAGACAACAAGAAAUUAAUUUACAUUAUCGAUUGGAACAAGUCAUAUUUUUACUACUUGCCAAAGAUUCAUAAAUCUGUUCAUAAGCCUCCCGGACAUCCCAAUAUCUCCAGUACGAACUCCACUCUUAGCAAUCUUGUCCACCAGCUGGACUUGUACUUGCAAGAAUACAUUGUCCGUUUACCCAGCUAUUUGAGAGACACCUCACAGCUGAUUGAGUGUCUGAUACCGAUGCCAUGGGAUCACAAUUACAUGUUGAUCACAUACACAUCAGAGUCUGCUGGUGAGGAGGAUGAUCCUACCUUUUUUCUGUCUGCCUCUAUGUCCUCUAGUGACUCUGAAAAGCACCCAAGAAGUGACUCAACAGAUACUUCCAUCUUCGCAGUGGACCUUCGAAGCUCCUUCAGUGUUAUUGUUGUCGUGUUUGUUGAAUCUAUGAUUCCUGCCAUCCUUACCCAGUCUAAGAAGUGGAAUACACAGAAGGACAUAGUAGACAUAGAGGUCAUUGGCCUCAAUCAAAGCUUGUGCAGCUUAUUCUUAAUUCACAUACAAUUCACAGUAAAUGCUAUUGAAUAUUUUUGGCAUUUUCUGGCGUUGGUGCACUUUGAAGGACUCCCUAUUGUAUACUUCCACUGCAUAGCUAUAAGGCACGGCAACUAUCACAUUGUAUUUUCAGCAAUGAAUUCGUGGAGGACAUCUAUUCUACUGCUACUGGUUGUGUCCAGAGGAAAUAUCAUAGCAACAACGACUGAUGAGACUGCAACAAGCUCUACCUUUAGAGAUACUUCAACAUCAGCCACAACAAUCUUUAACUCUACCACUAUAUCAGCUAUAGUAGUCAAUACUACAAAAGUUUUGACCACAACAGCUUUGGAUACAUUGACAAAUGUAGCAUUAACAGAAACAUCAGCUUCACAAAGCACAAACUCUACUUCCACUGCAUUACCACCACCCAUAUCAACAUCAUCACCACUUACCUUAAUAACAACAUCCAAUAUUACUACACUACUCACAACUUCAUUACCCCCUAAUACUUCUACGCUAUCAUCAACUGUAUUAACAUCUAAUGCUGUAACCUUAACACUAGGUACAUCAGCAUCCACAAUCUCAUCUACGUUACAAGCAAGUCAGCCAUCCAACACACCAACAUCAUCACCAGUUCUAUUAACAACAUCAAAUAUUACAAUGCCCUUGCCAUCCUCUUCACCACACAAUACAUCAACAUUAUCAAUAACAUCAGCUGUAUCAACAGCACAAGCAAUAGAAGCUUCCAAUACAUCACCAAUACCCCAAGCAACAUCAACAAUAUCUGAUAUUACCACAUCCUUGCCAACUUCUUCACCAUCCAAUACUUUAACAUUGUUAAUAGGCUCCACUGUGUCAACAUCACAAGCAGCGCAAGCUACCAACACGUCAGCAUCACCCCAAGCAACAUCAAUACCGGAUAUUAAAACAUUCUUGUCUACUUCUUCACUAUCUAAUACUUCAACAUUACCAAUAAGCUCAAUCUUUUCAACAUCACAAGCAGCACAGGCUACUAACACCUCAGCAUCACCUCAAGCAACACCAACAAUAUCUGAUAUUACAACCUUCUUGCCAACUUCUUCACCAUCGAAUGCUUCAGCAUUAUUAAUAAGUUCAACUGUGUCAACAUCACAAGGAGUACACGCUACCCACAUGUCAGCAUCACCCCAAGCAAUGUCAACAAUACCUUACAUUACAACAUCCUUGCCAACUUCUUCACCAUCCAAUACUUCAACAUUACCAAUAAGGUCAACUGUGUCGACAUCACAAGCAUCGCAGACUUCCAGCACAUCAACAUCGUCUCAAGUGACAUCAAACAUGACUGAUAUUACAACAUCCUUUUCAACUUCUUUACAAUCCAAUACUUCAACAUUAAUAAUUAGUUCAACUAUAUCAACAUCACAAGCAGUGCAAGCUACCAACACAUUAGCAUCACCCCAAGCAAUGUCAACAACACCUGAAAUUACAACAUCCUUGCCAAAUUCUUCACCAUCCAAUACUUCAACAUCAUCCAUAAGUUCAACAGUGUCAACAUUUCAAGCAGUGCAAGCAACCAACACAUCAGCAUCACCCCAAGCAACAUCAACAAUAUCUGAUAUUACCUCCUUGCCAACUUCUUCAUCUAAUAAUUCAACAUUAUCAAUAGGUUCAACUGUAUCGACAUCACAAGCAACCCAAACUUCCAACACAUUAGCAUAUUCUCAAGCAACAUCAACCAUGACUGAUAUUACAACAUCCUUUUCAACUACUUCAACAUCAAAUACUUCAACAUUACCAAUAAGUUCAACUGUGUCAACAUCACAAGCAGUGCAAACUACCAACACGUCAGCAUCACCCCAAGCAAUGUCAACAAUAUCUGAUAUUACAUCCUUGCCAACUUCUUCACCAUAUAAUACUUCAUCAUUACCAAUAAGUUCAACUGUGUCAACAUCACAAGCAACGCAAACUUCCAACACAUCAGCAUCGUCUACAGCAAUAUCAACAAAUACUAAUAUUACAACAUCCUUGCCAACUUCUUCACCAUCUAAUACUUCAACAUUACCAAUAAGUUCAACUGUGUCAACAUCUCAAGCAGUGCAAACUACCAACACGUCAGCAUCACCCCAAGCAACGUCAACAAUAUCUGAUAUUACAUCCUUGCCAACUUCUGCACCAUCUAAUACUUCAUCAGUACCAAUAAGUUCAACUGUGUCAACAUCACAAGCAACACAAACUUCCAACACAUCAACAUCGUCUCAAGCAAUAUCAACAAAUACUAAUAUUGCAACAUUCUUGCCAACUUCUUCACCAUCUAAUACUUCAACAUUACCAAUAAGUUCAACUGUAUCCACAUCACAAGCAAUGCAAACUUCCAACACAUCAGCAUCGUCUCAUGCAAUAUCAACAAAUACUAAUAUUACAACAUCCUUGCCAACUUCUUCACCAUCUAAUACUUCAACAUUACCAAUAAGUUCAACUGUGUCAACGUCACAAGCAACGCAAACUUCCAACACAUCAGCAUCGUCUCAAGCAAUAUCAACAAAUACUAAUAUUACAACAUCCUUGCCAACUUCUUCAUCAUCAAAUACUUCAACAUUACCAAUAAGUUCAACUGUGUCAACAUCACAAGCAACGCAAACUUCCAACACAUCAGCAUCAUCUCAAGCAAUAUCAACAAAUACUAAUAUUACAACAUCCUUGCCAACUUCUUCACCAUCUAAUACUUCAACAUUACCAAUAAGUUCAACUGUGUCAACAUCACAAGCAACGCAAACUUCCAACACAUCAGCAUCGUCUCAAGCAAUAUCAACAAAUACUAAUAUUACAACAUCCUUGCCAACUUCUUCACCAUCUAAUACUUCAACAUUACCAAUAAGUUCAACUGUGUCAACAUCACAAGCAACGCAAACUUCCAACACAUCAGCAUCAUCUCAAGCAAUAUCAACAAAUACUAAUAUUACAACAUCCUUGCCAACUUCUUCACCAUCUAAUACUUCAACAUUACCAAUAAGUUCAACUGUGUCAGCGUCACAAGCAAUGCAAACUUCCAACACAUCAGCAUCGUCUCAAGCAAUAUCAACAAAUACUAAUAUUACAACAUCUUUGCCAACUUCUUCACCAUCUAAUACUUCAACAUUACCAAUAAGUUCAACUGUGUCAACAUCACAAGCAACGCAAACUUCCAACACAUCAGCAUCGUCUCAAGCAAUAUCAACAAAUACUAAUAUUACAACAUCUUUGCCAACUUCUUCACCAUCUAAUGCUUCAACAUUACCAAUAAGUUCAACUGUGUCAACAUCACAAGCAACGCAAACUUCCAACACAUCAGCAUCGUCUCAAGCAAUAUCAACAAAUACUAAUAUUACAACAUCCUUGCCAACUUCUUCACCAUCUAAUACUUCAACAUUACCAAUAAGUUCAACUGUGUCAACAUCACAAGCAACGCAAACUUCCAACACAUCAGCAUCGUCUCAAGCUAUAUCAACAAAUCCUAAUAUUACAACAUCUUUGCCAACUUCUUCACCAUCUAAUACUUUAACAUUACCAAUAAGUUCAACUGUGUCAACAUCACAAGCAACGCAAACUUCCAACACAUCAGCAUCAUCCCAAGCAAUAUCAACAAAUACUAAUAUUACAACAUCCUUGCCAACUUCUUCAUCAUCUAAUACUUCAACAUUACCAAUAAGUUCAACUGUGUCAACAUCACAAGCAACGCAAACUUCCAACACAUCAGCAUCGUCUCAAGCAGUAUCAACAAAUACUAAUAUUACAACAUCCUUGCCAACUUCUUCACCAUCUAAUACUUCAACAUUACCAAUAAGUUCAACUGUGUCAACGUCACAAGCAACGCAAACUUCCAACACAUCAGCAUCGUCUCAAGCAAUAUCAACAAAUCCUAAUAUUACAACAUCUUUGCCAACUUCUUCACCAUCUAAUACUUUAACAUUACCAAUAAGUUCAACUGUGUCAACAUCACAAGCAACGCAAACUUCCAACACAUCAGCAUCAUCUCAAGAAAUAUCAACAAAUACUAAUAUUACAACAUCCUUGCCAACUUCUUCCCCAUCUAAUACUUCAACAUUACCAAUAAGUUCAACUGUGUCAACAUCACAAGCAACGCAAACUUCCAACACAUCAGCAUCGUCUCAAGCAAUAUCAACAAAUCCUAAUAUUACAACAUCCUUGCCAACUUCUUCACCAGCUAAUACUUCAACAUUACCAAUAAGUUCAACUGUGUCAACAUCACAAGCAACGCAAACUUCCAACACAUCAGCAUCGUCUCAAGCAAUGUCAACAAAUACUAAUAUUACAACAUCUUUGCCAACUUCUUCACCAUCUAAUACUUCAACAUUACCAAUAAGUUCAACUGUGUCAACAUCACAAGCAACGCAAACUUCCAACACAUCAGCAUCGUCUCAAGCAAUAUCAACAAAUACUAAUAUUAUAACAUCCUUGCCAACUUCUUUACCAUCUAAUACUUCAACAUUACCAAUAAGUUCAACUGUGUCAACAUCACAAGCAAUGUCAACAGCCUUCAACAUUACAACACCAUUUCCAACUUCUUCACCUUCCAAUACUUCAACAUUAACACCAAUUUCAACUGUAUUAACAUCACAAACAUGGCAAUCUUUGAAUACAUCAGUCCUGUCUCAAGUAACAUUAUCACCAUCUAACAGUUCGACAAUACUGUUAACUUCAUCAGCCUCCAAUACCUCAAUUCAAUCAGCAACCACGUUAUCGAUUAAUGAUACAACUUCAUCAUUAUCAUCAAACAUCUCAACUUCAUUUAAAGAUACAACUUCCUUAAAUUCAACGUUAUCAUUGACUACAUUAACAUCAAACAGCACAAGCUCAUCAUCAGUUACUGAUAUCUCAAGUCCAUCACAAAAUACAACAACAACCAACAUUACAACAACUACAUCUAGCUCAGUCAGCACAGUAACCAUAAAAGUAACAACUGGUAUAUCUAUUGUGGCUGUCCCUUUGGAAUUUAAGAUUGUUAAUAGAAACUUUACUGAUGAUUUAAAGAACACAUCUUCAUCUAAAUUCCUUGAGCUUAAGACUAAUGUGGAGAAUGAGAUGACAAAUAUUUAUAGAAAGCAAUAUGAUAAUUUUAAGAAUGUUACCGUGACAGGAUUCAGGCAAGGAUCUGUGAUCGCUGAAACUCAGCUUGAAUUUGAAAAUUCAACAAUACCUGCUCCCUCUUCUGAUGACACUGUACGGGCCCUGGUCGGUAACCUUCAGAGCAAUAGUAGUAUUGGGGAAUUACAACUCGUAGCUUCAAGCAUCAACUCAAAUGGUGCUACAAUAUCUAACCUCGCUCCACUCAAUAUUUCGGUCAUCUUCCUCAUUAAUGAACCAUAUAAUGAAUCAACCCAAGAAAUUUUAAGAAGUCAGGCCAACAACUGGGUCAAUAAUACAUUAUUAUUGCUUCCGAACGUCACAACAUUAGGAUAUUCAACAAUCACCUUCACGAAUAUCAGUGGAUGGACCAAUGCCAGAAUUCUUUUUCCUGUUAGCACUGUUCUUCUCUUUGAUACGGAUACAACGCUCGGAAACUUUAUUAAAUACAGACAGAGGGCCAAUUUCAUCAUAGUGCCACGCACGCUUAUAGUUCAAGGUAAAUCACUGACGUUUACCACCAUCAGCCCUCCUGUAAGAAUAUUAAACAUACCUCAAUCACUCGAUCUUUCAACAAAAUCCAGCCCUGACUUUCAACUAUACAGUAAAGCUGUUGAAAAUUCUUUUAAAGAAAUAUUUGGCCAGCAGCUGGUAGAACCGAUAGUAACCAGUUUCUCGUAUGAUUUCAUGGCUGUAAUCGUCGCAGUCGAUCUGUAUUUUCAAAGUGAUACAAUGAACAAAUCGACUGUUAUUCAGCAGAUGAUAAAUAAUACAGACACAUUCCAAAAGAGGAACCUUAUUCUGGAUCUCUUAUCACUGGAUCCUAAAGUGGGUGUUCUAGUGACAUUCACACUCAUUCAGGACUACAAAAGUCCAAUGUCCAAUGCUUCAUCACCUGAUACCAUUGCACUCAAAAAUACAGUCUUCAGCUUGGUAACACCAACACUUAGAAAUUACUAUGGAGCCAGUUUACAAGAUCCACCAUCAGCAUCCCUCUAUAAUGUUGACGGAUCAGCAGCUAUGGUUAUUCAAUAUAAGCUUAAUUCUACAACGAAUGUGGACAGUAAUACAGUGCUAGCAUCUCUUCUUCAAAAUACUGGUCUAACCAACAUCACCCGCAUAUCAAGUUUGUCUGUGAACAACAAUAAGCAGCCCUUUGAUGUAUUUACCAUAAAGCCAAGAUUCAUCAAACAAGUUUAUACUGCAGACUUAAAGAACAGAACAAGUACAAGUUUCAUGGAUUUGGAGAGCAAUAUUACAAAAGGGCUGAAUAGUAUUUUAAGCAAUUUCAAAGUCCAGCAGAUAGUAGUGCUAUCAUUUCAACAAGGAUCAGUUAUUGCCACAGUAGAAACAACUUUUCCUCCUGCAACUACAACAUAUCCUAAAUUGUCUCGAGAAAUAUUGAACAAAAUAAAUGUGCUUGAAGGGCUAAACCUGGAAUUAGAUACUCAGUCACUGUAUGCAAAUCCUUCAGCCCCGUCCUAUUCACCUGAUGACAGUUCCUUCCCAGGUUAUGCAGUGGCAAUUAUUGUCAUGUGUAUCCUGCUCAUAUUGGCUAUACCUCUUGUUAUAAUCCUGGCUUUAAAAACAGAUUUAUGUCGGAAACUUGCCAAGGUUUGUUCUCUGAAGAGUCCGUAUGAGCGUUAUGAGGGAGUUAAUUUUGGGUCUGCCCUCGCAAGUUACAAGACUCACUCGUACGAUUUACCACGCUGAUCGUCACAAAAACCAUCUGCAUUACAUACAAAAUCCACCAAGCUUCAAUAAUCAUCUCCAAAGUUAAAUCAUUGCUUUUUAACAAACAAGGGGUUUUUCCAUGGAAGAAUUUACUACAAUAAUUUAUCUUAUUAGACAUUUUUUUUUUCCAAAAAUGUGUGUUUUAUUUGAUUACAUUUUAUCAUUCAUUUAUCUUAGGUCAUGUUAAAGAAGUCAGCAUUGGAAAUUACCAAAAUUUCUAUUUAGCCUUGUGAAUCCCAGCUUCAUCACCACAGUACAAUCCCUGACAAAUCUUUUCGCACACAAAAUCCUUAUCUGUUUCUUUCUUUAAAUUGAUAUAGAGGAGGAGGAUAAGGCAUCUUUUUAUAUUUUAUAUUUAUAUUAUUUUAUAUGUUAGCUGUAGUUUUCAGCAGGCUGAAAUACAUACACAGUAACAAGUCCUGCUUGUGUCUUCUUUUGGGAACCACUAAUGAGAUUCCAGGUAACCCUGGCUGAGAGUUCGUCAUUUAUGCUUUUACUGUUACCAUUGUAAUACAGGCAUAAUAGAUAUACUGAAAUUCUUUUACUUAGUCUUCCAUAGAUCUCACUAAGACUAUGUCCCUCCCACUAAUUUACCAUUUCCCUCCCAUUGUGAUGUUGACACCAACAACACAAUAAGGGUCCCAAUUCACUAGGAGAUUCUGCAACAUGAUGGCAAAAAAAUCAUCUGUAUUUAUAAGUGUUUCUAAUAUUUGAUAGUAAGUUGUAUACUGUAUAAUUAUUGCAUUUACAUAAAUGUUGUACAUUGUAUGACCAACUAAAAAUUUACCAAGUGCACCACUAUGAUUUCUCACCCUAUAUGAUGACUGGAUAAACAGUCAGAGAGGUUAAAGAUGAAUAUGUGGGGAUCAUAUGAAAGGAUUUCUAUUAAGCAGAAAUGUUAUUUAUUAUAUAGUUUCUUAUUUUUUUUUAUUUAAAUAGACCAAAGAGGGGCAAUGUACAUUGAAAUAAAAAAUAAAAAAAACAGCGCAAUAAAAGUGGAAUGAAAUGCC